CUUCACCAAAACAAAUCUACGAAACAACGACUUCGAGACGUCCGCGCAGAUCACCACGCGAAGUCUCGCACGCACUUGCGCACUAAACAGUUGUGAGCGAGUGCGAAGUAACGAGUCACGAUGAAGUAUCAAUACCUUGCUGUAUUCGCUGCCGCAGCUGCAGUCACCGUGGCGCAGCCUCAUCAGCGCAACCAUCGCCAUGCUCAAGCACACGCUGCGCGCAUGGCCCGCCCAGACAAUGCUGUGUAUGCGCCCGCGCCCGUCGAGACAGUGAUCGUGUACGAGUUGGACGGUCGCCUGAUCACUGAGGAAGAGACUCGUCGAGGUAUUGCCAAUGGCACUCUGCGCUGGGGCGACGAUGGCAUCUUGUCAAGUUCCGUCAAGCUGCCUAUCGCGCUUCCCACGGCUCCGCCAGUUGCGCCCUCGAGCGAAGUGAAAGAGCCUGCCCAGAAGCAGCCCACCACCACUCAAGUCCAGCAUGCCGAGACUCAAUUGGCGGCCCCAUCCGAGGCUUCUGCUACGGUCGCGCCUGCUUCGUCUUCAGCGCCGGCGCCGUCUUCAGCACCAGCUCCACCCCCGCAAGAAGCCCCAGCGGCACCAGCACCGGACGCGUCGCCAGAUGAUCCCAAUGACCUUGUUGACGACAACGGUAACUGCCCAUCUUGCGACCAGCCCUUCCCUAACGGUGUCAUCCCGUGCAGUCAGUUCCCUUAUGGCUACGGCGCUAUGCCUCUGAACCACGAGGGACUGGGCGGUUGGUCUGGCAUCCAGGAUCCUGUAUACCGUGGCGCUGAUGGCUUCGACAACAUCAGGACAGUGGUCAAGGGCUCAUGCUCCGAUGGCUCGUGCUGCACAGAAGGAACGUACUGCUCCUACGGCUGCCCGAACCCCUACCUCAAGCUGUCCUUCCCCAAGAAGCAGGGCAAGACUGGCCAGACUAUCGGUGGGCUUUUCUGCAAUGAAAAAGGCAUGCUCGAGCUGGCCGAUGGCUCUAUUGGCAAGACGCUCUGCGGCAAGGGCUCCGAAAAGAUGACGGUCAAGGUGCAGAACAAGCUCAAGAAGUCUGUCUCUAUCUGCCGCACUGACUACCCUGGCACUGAGUCCAUGACCUUUCCUCUUACCAUCGGAUCUGGUGAGACCGGCUACCUGGCGAAUCCAGACCAGAGCAAGUACUUCUUCUGGGAAGGCAAGCCUACCUCCGCUCACUAUUACGUCAACAAGCAGGGCGUCCCUGAGAGCGAAGCCUGCACCUGGGGUCAUGACGGCGGGGGCGUCGGCAACUGGUCACCCACAAUCUUUGGCACCUCUUUCGAUGACAUCGCCUCCAACGUCGGCUACUCUAGCUUGAAGCAAAACGAGCUGAACUUGAAUGAAAAGCUUGAUUACUCGAUCACCUUUGUCGGCGAUGGUGUCACCAACGCUUGCAAGUACAAGGCAUCGACAGACAAGUACGGACAGGGCGACAAGUGGUUCAACAGCAUCGAGGACGGCUGCACCGCUGGCAUCAGUGAAGGCAGCACUUUGACCCUUGUCCUGACCGACGACUAAUCGCCGUGAGGCCUGCUCAGUCUUUGGCUCGGCCAACAUCUUCUCUGUCCAUGUUUCCCGAUGUCGAAUUCCACGAUCUUCUGUACCUUUUCAUAUCCUGGUUCAUACUUCAACGCCGAGAACGCGCGCGGAUCUCUA